AUGAACGCGGCGCUUGCAACCACCACCGCCACAACUCCUGUACUCCGACGUGCAUCGCCUCUUCUUCGUCACUGCUCUCCGAUAAAAUCGUCGGUAUUCCGGAGAAACAGAGUUGGAUUCAGAUCCGGCGUGCAAACGGUCAGCAAGACAUUGUUGAGGAUCUCGGCGAGCUCUCAGAGCACUUCCGCGGCGGCCGGUGUCGCGACGGAUGCGUCGAUUCCGAAAGAGAUGAAGGCGUGGGUGUACAGUGAGUACGGAGGAGUGGAUGUUUUAAAACUGAAGAGCAACAUUGCGGUGCCGGAGAUUAAAGAGGAUCAGGUUCUGAUUAAGGUUGUUGCGGCGGCUCUUAAUCCCGUCGACGCAAAGAGACGGCAAGGGAAAUUCAAAGCCACCGAUUCUCCUCUCCCGACUGUUCCGGGAUACGACGUCGCCGGAGUAGUGGUGAAGGUGGGAAGUGCGGUGAAGGAGUUUAAAGAAGGAGACGAAGUUUACGCAAACGUGAGCGAGAAAGCAUUGGAAGGUCCGAAGCAAUUCGGUUCCUUAGCAGAGUACACGGCGGUGGAAGAUAAGCUAUUAGCCUUGAAACCUAACAACAUCGAUUUCGCUCAAGCCGCAGGGCUUCCGCUGGCUAUAUUAACCGCCGACGAAGGUCUGGUUAGGACGGAAUUCUCCGCCGGAAAGUCAAUUCUCGUUCUCAACGGCGCCGGAGGAGUAGGGAGCCUUGCGAUUCAGCUGGCGAAGCAAGUUUACGGAGCUUCGACGGUGGCUGCAACAGCGAGCACGGAGAAGCUGGAGCUAGUGAGAAGCUUAGGUGCUGAUUUAGCCAUUGAUUACACAAAGGAGGACAUCGAAGACUUGCCUGAGAAGUUUGAUGUCGUCUUUGACGCAAUUGGAAUGUGCGAGAAGGCGGUGAAGGUGAUUAAGGAAGGAGGGAAAGUUGUGGCCUUGACCGGAGCAGUGACACCUCCUGGUUUCAGAUUCGUUGUGACAUCAAACGGCGAGGUUUUGAAGAAACUGAACCCAUACAUUGAGAGUGGGAAAGUGAAACCGGUGGUUGAUCCCAAAGGACCGUUCCCGUUCUCACGCGUCGCUGAUGCUUUCUCUUACUUGGAAACGAAUCAUGCCACAGGGAAGCUCGUCGUAUAUCCCAUCCCAUGA